AUGUACUGGAAGCAUGAGAACGCCGCCCCGGCGCUGCCCGAGGGCUGCCGGCUGCCGGCCGAGGGCGGCCCCGCCACCGACCAGGUAAUGGCCCAGCCAGGGUCCGGCUGCAAAGCGACCACCCGCUGCCUUGAAGGGACCGCGCCGCCCGCCAUGGCUCAGUCGGACGCUGAGGCUCUGGCAGGCCCUCUGGACAAGGACGAGGGUCGGGCCUCUCCCUGUACGCCCAGCACGCCAUCUGUCUGCUCACCGCCCUCUGCCGCCUCCUCCGUGCCGUCUGCCGGCAAGAACAUCUGCUCCAGCUGCGGCCUCGAGAUCCUGGACCGAUAUCUGCUCAAGGUCAACAACCUCAUCUGGCACGUGCGGUGCCUCGAGUGCUCCGUGUGUCGCACGUCGCUGAGGCAGCAGAACAGCUGCUACAUCAAGAACAAGGAAAUCUUCUGCAAGAUGGACUACUUCAGCCGAUUUGGGACCAAGUGCGCACGGUGCGGCCGACAGAUCUACGCCAGCGACUGGGUCCGGCGGGCACGCGGCAAUGCCUACCACCUGGCCUGCUUUGCUUGCUUCUCGUGCAAGCGCCAGCUGUCCACGGGCGAGGAGUUUGGCCUGGUCGAGGAGAAGGUGCUCUGCCGCAUCCACUACGACACCAUGAUUGAGAAUCUCAAGAGGGCCGCCGAGAACGGGAACGGCCUCACGCUGGAGGGGGCAGUGCCCUCGGAACAGGACAGUCAGCCCAAGCCGGCCAAGCGCGCGCGGACGUCCUUCACCGCCGAGCAGUUGCAGGUUAUGCAGGCGCAGUUCGCGCAGGACAACAACCCCGACGCGCAGACGCUGCAGAAGCUUGCGGACAUGACGGGCCUCAGCCGAAGGGUCAUCCAGGUGUGGUUUCAAAACUGCCGGGCGCGUCAUAAAAAGCACACACCACAGCAUCCCGUGCCGCCCUCCGGGGCGCCGCCGUCCCGCCUCCCCUCCGCCCUGUCCGACGACAUCCACUACUCCCCGUUCAGCAGCCCCGAGCGGGCUCGCAUGGUCACCCUGCACGGCUACAUUGAGAGUCAGGUACAGUGUGGGCAGGUGCACUGCCGGCUGCCUUACACCGCGCCCCCCGUCCACCUCAAAGCCGAUAUGGAUGGGCCACUCUCCAACCGGGGUCAUCCUUUUUCAGUACUAACGCUGCCGGCACUUCCGCAUCUGAGCAUGGGCGCCCCGCAGCUGCCCCUCAGCCGCUGAAAUCCGGAGUCCGAGCCGCUGCCAGGGAUCCACCCGCUCUGCCUCCACCCCUCAUCCGCCAUCCUGCCCACCACCAGCUGGGCCCCUGGGCCUGGCCUUCCCCUCUCCUGCCGAGAACCAGAACCCGCCAGGAGCACCGCGGAGCCCUCCUCCCUGAAGGCAGAGCUCCCUGAAAUUUGGAGCCAGGGUGAAAACAACAGCCUGUGUUUCCCAUUUAGACAGGAGUCGUCUUCAACUUAAGCUGAUUACAAUAGCAAAAGGCCGAAUUGAAUCGCACGACGCCAACAGCCUUCCAAUUUACAGGUUUUCUUUCCUCCCAUAUUGGCCUUUAUUUACUACUUCCUUGGAACCAUCUCUGAAUUCUGAAUAGCCGACAACCCCCAAUGUUAUCCACUCUGUUGCUUUUGUUUGGAAAACUCUACAGUGUUUGUGGGAUGUCCCCAAAGGAAAGCUAUGUUCUAAUUUUAUCAUUUCCAUCUGUCUGGUUAUGUCAAGUUAAUUCAGAGAGAGAAGAGACACUGACCAACCCUGAGAGGCCCAAUAGGGCAGAG